UUGCAGGUAUUGGGGCUGCUGAUGUGGACCCUGAUUGCUGGAACAGAAUACUUUCUGUAUCCAGCUUUUGGCUGGGUGAUGUUUGUAGCCGUGUUUUACUGGGUUCUCACCAUCUUCUUUCUGAUCAUCUACAUGACAAUGACCUACACCAGGAUCCCCCAAGUGCCAUGGACCACGGUGGGUCUGUGUUUUAAUGGAAGUGCCUUCGUUUUAUACCUCAUUGCUGCCAUUGUAGAUGCAUCUUCGGUUACCAAAGAACUGGACAGUCACAAUUACAACAGCUGGGCAGCUUCUUCGUUCUUUGCCUUCGUGGUUACCUCCUGCUAUGCUGGAAAUACAUAUUUUAGCUUUAUAUCUUGGCGAUCACGAACUUUGCAGUAAAUAUUUUGUUAAAAUGAACUCGGUAAUAUAAAGUAUCUUGAGGAUUGUACUCUUUUGUCAGAAGCUUGGAAGAGCGAUGAGCUCUUUUUAAACAUUUCUAUUAGAAUUGACACAAUAUAUUUUAAAGCUAAGAUUAAAUGAUUAUUUAUAAUACCAUCUUCAGAGACAUCUAACACUGAAUUUGUACCGUACAAUAAAAUUUUAUACUGCUUUUAAAAUUAACAUGUGUUUUUCUAGUCAUUGUAUAUAUGUUACGACUAAACCUUUAAUAAAUCUUAAUUGGA